AUGAGAAUGGGAAUGCAGUGUGCACCCGCCACUUUCCCCUCCUCACAUUGUCCGCCUCACCUUGGCCAGGCAGUGCCUGGUCUGGAGAGAGCCACCCACCACGGGAGUGCCGCGUGCCUUACCUUUCUGAAAACGCUCCCCCCUGUCUUGGCUGUCUACCUGCCCAUGUGCUACGUGAUAGAACCACACUUCACCACAUUCAACACCUGUGCUCACCUUGGCGAGGCGUCGUCGGGAGAGGGCCACGACCACACUUGUGUCUCCCACCCAUCACCACACUUGUCUCUCCCACCCAUCACCACACUUGUCUAUCCCACCCAUCACCACACUUGUCUCUCCCACCCAGCACCACACUUGUCUCUCCCACCCAGCACCACACUUGUCUAUCCCACCCAUCACCACACUUGCAUCUCCCACUUAUCACCACACUUGUGUCUCCCACCCAUCACCACACUUGUCUCUCCCACCCAGCACCACACUUGUCUAUCCCACCCAUCACCACACUUGUCUCUCCCACCCAUCACCACACUUGUCUCUCCCACCCAUCACCACACUUCCUCAGCGACUGCAAGCCUCCAUGCCAAUGUAUGUGGUAGGCUGGGUGUUCCCUCUCACCAGGCUGCCUUCUUGCCCUCUCUUCUCCUCUCUUCUCCUCUCCUCUCUUCUCACCUCCCCUCCCUUCCUCCCUUCCCUUCUCUCCUACCAUCCCUUCUCUCCUCCCCUCCCUUCUCUCCUCCCCUCCCUUCUCUCCUCCCCUCCCUUCUCUCCUCCCCUCCCUUCUCUCCUCCCCUCCCUUCUCCCCUCCCCUCCCUUCUCUCCUCCCCUCCCUUCUCUCCUCCCCUCCCUUCUCUCCUUCCUUCCCUUCUCUCCUCCGCUCCCUUCUCUCCUCCCCUCCCUUCUCUCUUCCCAUCCCUCCACUCCUCCCUCCCUUCCUUCCUCCCUUCCCUUCUCUCCUGUCCUCCCUUCACGCCUCCCUUCCCUUCUCUCUUCCCCUCCCUUCUUUCUUCCCGUCCCCCCACUCCUCCCUCCCUGCUCUUCUCCACUCACAUCCCCUCUCUCUCCCUUUCCCGCGCUCUUCCCCCUUCCCUCUCUCCCGCCCUUCCCCACUCCUCUGCCUGUCCCUCUCCCCUCCUCCCCUCCCCCAUCCUCCUCCGCCUCCUGCCCCACCUUCUCCCAACCCUCGUCUCGUUUCCGCCAAACCCAAGCCACGCGCGCUUGCGCCCUCACUUCCACCUCCCCUUCCUGCGCCUUCCCUCCCCACUCCGCCUCCCCUUCCCCCUCCGUGCGGCCGUCCGUCGCUGCUGCCCCCACCUGCGGCGCUCCCCGUUCCAGUGGAAAACCGACAUCCGCGGAUUCUCGCGGUGGCGGCGGUACAGGCGCGCGCAGGGGGGAUUGCGGUGGUAA